AUGGCCUCAUCACCGCCACAAUCUCCAACAACCCAGUGACCUUAACCUACUCAGGCGAGGUCCUUCCCCUCCAAACGGUUUCUAAUCACAAGCCCGCCCCCAGCAGCUUCAAAGACGCCCUGCUUGCAGCACUCGCGAAGGAUCCUGAUACCAAAGCUUUCGGUGAGCUUUUGGCGAAGGCACCAUCCGUUUUUGAAGGCCUCGGGGAAGGGAAAGAGUACUACGUCUUCGCACCCACUACGGAGUUCAUUAUAGCCUUCCUCCGCCGUAUGCAGCAGGGCCCCGGGCGUUUUCCUCGCCGAAAGGUCUUGGUCGACCCGAACACGAGCCAGCAGUUUGCCGAGAAACCGAAGGGCGCUCCAGAUAUCAGGCGCGUGUCGACCACCCUCAAGACGUCUCUCGUGGGUGAAACAAAAUACGUCGAUCUCGGCCCUGGCGAAGGAGCUCGCGUGGUCUCAAAUCCUUCGAGUAAUGAGAACGGUACGGUGCACGUCACCUCUGGAUUUGGGAAUUCGACGUUAGUGCAUGCGGGUGAAAUACCCUUUCAGGGUGGUGUCAUCAAGAAAUGCGACGGGUAAGUAGACAACUCAACUCCUGUAUGGCUCGCGUGAACUAAAGGUGUCGAAGGUUCUUCACUCUUCCGCACGCGAUUGAAACUACUUUUGGGAACACUAGCGGCCGCUUGUGGUCCACAGCUCUUCAGAAGGCGGAUAUGUUGACGCAGCUAUCGGAAAAACGAAUGGUGACCGUCUUCGCCGUCCAGGACUCCCUUCUAAAUGAAACAAAUCUGCCGGGGUCGUCCGAUUUGAGCCGACUCAUCUCCGAGGGCCUUUCAUACUCUCCUGACUUGAGCGAUGGUCUCUGCUUGAAGACGAGGGGCGAUGGCUCGUUGAGAAUUAAACGAAGUGGCAAGGACAUACUCGUCAAUGGCGUCCGGAUCUCCACGCCCAAUGUCAUUUCCAAGAAUGGCGUCGUUCAUUAUCUAGAGAAGGUUAGCUAAACAUUUUCAGCUCUUGCAUAUCUCUACUAAAUACCAAUUAGAUUCCGCCGGCCGAUAAAUGCACAAGCUCCGGUUCUGGCACCGGGAGCACAGGUUCUAGUUCUUCUGGAUCUGGCGCGAGAAACACGGGCUCCAACUCUGGCAUGGAAGAGGGGGGUGGUGAGAAGUCAGCCGGCCUGAUGGUUCUAGCCCCCAAGGUGGCCACCCUUUGUUUGAUAGUUGCUACCUUUGUGGUGUAUUUGUGGACGUGA